AUGUCAGGCCUACGAAUUCACUCUUGCAGACCUGCAUUACUUGAAUCCCAAUGUCUGGAUCGUUAUCUACACCAUGUUGUUGCGAGAGAAAGAUUAGUACAAGCCUUUGAUGUCCCAUCUUCAACUUAUGAUCAGAUCGUAUAUUCAAGAAGUUGGUUUGAUGGAUAUGGAUAUUGCCACAUUUUUGAAGAAGAAGCCAACAGUUGUUCCCAAGGAAGCUCUGAAAGACUUGGAGAUGUUAAAGCCAGGGAAGAUAUACAAGGAAGGAUGGUUUGUGGUGUAGCAAUCCAGAGAAAGAACGUGAGCACACUUUUGCAAGUCAUACUUCCAUCUUGA